AUGGCAAGAUUCACCACAGCAGCAGUGCCCAUCGGUCUGGCCAUGCUGCUAAUCCCCAAAGCCGUCCUGGGGGACGUUCAGAUUCGCAAGACGAUCAUGCAAUCCACGGCUUGGACGAAGACUGGCCAGGACACAGAAGUGAUAGCCACUCCCAUGGAGUCCUUCCAGUCAAUGAAAGCAUACGCCCCUGGCAGUGGGCGCGGUACCCCCUUCAGGCUUGACGCCCUCACCAUCUGUAUCAUUGGUGCUGUUGUUUUGGUCAAUGUCGGCAUGGUUUUCUGCUGUGCGCGUCUGGCGUGUCUCAAGGCAUUGGGGCGAGACACAGAUCCCCUCGCAACAGAGGCGGCUCAGGCCGCAGCCGCCGCCGCGCCGGCUGCGGGGGACGCAGGGGGAGGUCCCGGUGGCGGCACGGCAGGGGGAGGUCCCCGCAUUGAGCUCACCGCCGUCACCCACCCCAACAUGGAUGUGCGCUCCCUUAAUCCCUCCGACUGCUGUUUGCUCGGAGUUAGUUGUGCUCUUCAUGGAAUCAAAAUGUCAUUUGCCAGGAGACUUUCCGGGCGCAACUCUCGGGAGGAGCACACCAACGACCCUGAAGCCGAUGCUCCGCUCAGUGCAAACCAGAGAGGGAACAGCGACCAGCGCAGCACGCACUUGUGCGCGUCACCAACGCCAAAGUCCCUGGGCUGUUGUGCAGUCCCCAUGGUGACUCUGGUCAUUGACAGCAACGAAUGCAGCGCGGCUGCAUGA